AUGGCACCGUCGGCUAUCGCUGUUGAUGAUCACGAAGUUGGUCAAACCACCACAGCAGUGUCCAACCUCGACUUUACGGAGAGAGUCAUUGCAGCUACUGGUCCAAAGGCAAACCCGCGUCUAGCCCAGGUCAUGCCAAGCCUCCUGCAGCAUCUCCACGGCUUCGCCAGGGAGACCAACCUCACAGUCGCCGAAUGGAUGGCGGGAGUGGAAUUUAUCAAUGAGUGCGGCCAGCUUUCCACUGACCGCCGCAACGAGACCGCGCUGCUAUGCGACAUCCUAGGCCUCGAGUCGCUUGUCGAUGAGAUCACUUCCAACCAACUGGCGGCUCCAUCACCGCCAUCUUUCAGCAGCAAUGCUGACAACAUUACAACGUCUUCUGCCAUUCUGGGGCCGUUCUACCGCCUCGACGCCCCUCUGAUGCCCAACGGCUCCUCCAUAGUGCACGACCUCACACCGGAUCUCCCGUGGUACGAACAUGCCAUCGCCAAUACCGCGUUUGUCUCCGGCCGAGUUCUCAGCAGCACAACCGCGAAGCCGAUCGCCGGUGCCAUCGUGGAUGUAUGGCACUCGGCACCCAACGGGCUCUAUGAGCAGCAGGAUGAGGGACAACAGGACAUGAACCUGCGUGGUCGGUUUCAGACCGACAGCCAGGGCCGCUAUGCCUUUUACGCAUUGCGGCCGACGCCGUAUCCCAUUCCGAGCGACGGCCCAGCGGGCCGUCUGCUAGAGAUGCUGGACCGGCACCCUUAUCGCCCGGCACACAUCCACUUCAUAGUAUCGGGUCCGAACCAUCGGACCCUGACGACGCAGGUGUUUGACAGUCGCGAUCGCUAUAUCACAAACGAUGCGGUGUUCGCAGUCAAGGAUGAUCUCGUCGUGCAUUUCUCCCCCCGUAAAGGGGACGAGCGGGCCAAGUGGACGUUGGAGUACGACUUUGUGUUGCAGAGGACCUGA